AACAACCCACGACCAUACCACCGACGAUGCUUUACCAAAACAUUACACUCCACCCCCUACACUAUCACCAAACUCCACACUACCCCCUCACCUUUAUACCAAACCCCUGUUUUCAGCUGCCGUACACACCCAUCUGUCUCCGACCACCAUCAAAAAAUAUAUAUCACAACUCACAACCAACAACUUAGAGAGAGAAACAACAACAAUAAUAUUCUCUCUCUCUACAACAUUGACCUCCCUUCUAAGCAAAUUAUACAAGUUUUUAUUAAACCUGAAGAAGAAGAGUGUUUACACCGUCUAUAUCUCCGGCUAGACACCAACCGGAAAGAUGACGGCGUUUAGAAUGUGUGUCAUUGUUUUAUCCGUUUUGACUCUGAGUCAACUCGCUGGGGCAGCUCAGAUCAGUUCCAAUUCUGUGCUGGUGGCGUUGCUUGACUCGCGUUACACCGAGUUGUCGGAGCUCGUGGAGAAAGCUUUAUUGUUGGAGAAGCUUGAAAAGGCGGUUGCGGAUCAUAAUGUUACUAUUUUUGCUCCGAGAAAUGAAGCGCUGGAGCGAGAACUUGACCCGGAGUUUAAGCGGUUCUUGUUAGAACCGCGUAAUCUCCGGUCGCUCCAGACGCUUCUUCUCCACCAUAUUGUUCCGAGUCGACUCGGCCAGAAAGACUGGCCGGCCGAGUCGACUCAGCACACGACUCUCUCUUCUGAGCCAUUACAUUUAUCGAAUUUGGACUCUAAGAAGCUCGCUGGCAAUGCGGAGGUGGUUCGUCUAGACGAUGUGUACCGCCCGGACGGAAUUAUUCAUGGAAUUAACCGGUUGUUGAUACCUAAAUCGGUACAGCAGGAUUUCAACAACCGGCGGAGCUUGCGUGCGAUUUCCGCAGUUAAACCGGAAGGUGCACCAGAGGUUGAUCCGAGAACGAACCGGCUUAAGAAACCGGCUCCGGUUCCUGCUGGUUCGCCCCCGGUUCUACCGAUUUACUAUGCCUUGGCUCCCGGUCCGUCGCUGGCUCCUGCUCCAGCGCCUGGACCAGGUGGCCCUCGCCACCACUUUGAUGGCGAGAGUCAGGUCAAGGAUUUCAUCCACACAUUGCUUCACUACGGCGGAUACAACGAAAUGGCGGACAUUUUGGUGAACCUAACGAAUUUAGCAACCGAAAUGGGGAAACUAGUAUCCGAAGGCUACGUAUUAACCGUAUUAGCACCAAACGACGAAGCAAUGGCGAAAUUAACUGCGGAUCAGCUAGCUGAUCCGGGUGCGCCAGAGAGGAUCAUGUACUACCACAUAAUACCGGAAUACCAAACCGAAGAAAGCAUGUACAAUGCUGUAAGAAGGUUUGGGAAAAUUCGAUACGAUACUCUUCACGUACCGCAUAAAAUGCUGGCUCAGGAAGCCGAUGGAUCAGUGAAGUUUGGAGACGAUGAAGAAACGGCAUAUUUGUUCGAUCCGGAUAUUUAUAUCGACGGUCGAAUAUCGGUUCAGGGGAUUGACGGAGUUUUGUUUCCGGCUUCGGAGAAGACGGAUUCUAAGAAAUUGGAAGUUACACAAAGUGUCGAUCGGGUUCGAACGCCACCUAAAUCUCGUAGAGGGAAAUUGCUUGAGGUAGCAUGCCAAGUGCUUGGAACAUUUGGGCAAGAUUCCCGGUUCUACACAUGCCAAUAGAAUUCUCCCUUCUCUCCACCAAAUACACUUCAAAUGCCAAUCAAAAGGGAAUGUAUAAAGACUUGUGAAGAAGCCCUUCUCCAAAAGUAAACUGGUAUGCAUAUCAUAAUCCAAGAUUUCCUUUGGGGAUGUUCUUUUAGUGUUGUUUUAUGCUUGCUUAUUGUGUAAGUUCUUUUUAUCAGAAAAGAAAAUAAAAAGGGUAGAAUAGUCAUUUUCCUUAGUCGGAUGUGACAUUCAAAGGGUCCACUUUGCUACAUGCAACAAGAAUAUUUUUUUGUAUUAUUAUAUGUGCAUAGUCAAAUAAAUAAUGGAUUGGAUGGUGGUAAAGUGAGUUGUCUUAAUGUCAAUUGUCUUGUUUGUUGCAA